AUGUCCAACUUUGAAGCUAAGAACUUCUACAAGGUUUACCUCACCACACACAGCCUUCGCUCCAUGCUCAUCCCAGCUACUGCUGUCGCCUGUCCAUUGACGCCUGCAACAGCCACCCUUAGAAAUUGUAAUGGUCAGUGCUGGCAAGUGGACCUAGUCAAAUGUGAUAACAAGAUGUAUUUUCGUAAGGGCUGGAGAAGAUUCAUCGAUGAAAACUCUGUAGUGGAUGGGAAUUUUUUAAUUUUCAAUUAUGUCGGUGGUUGUGUGUUCGAUGUGAAGAUAUAUGAGUUUGAUGCUUGUGAGAAGAGCAUACCUUAUGUGGUGUCGGAAGAAUCAGAAUCAGAAUCAGAAUCAGAAGAUGAUGGUAGUGAUAGUGAUGAUGCUAUGAACGAUGAAGGAGCUGAUUCUAUGGAGGUUGAGGAUGAGGAGAUCCAUCCAGAAGAUUAUGUUCAACAUUUGAAUCCUUAUUUUGUGGCGAAGACCACAAAGUCUUCACAGAGGAUGAACGAACUGUAUAUUCCAACUGGUAUAGCCAAAGAUUUUGGAGUGAGUUUAGAAGACGGGGAGAAAAUUACACUUGUUGGCCUAUACAACCGGAAAAGCAUUGGGAAGGUUGUGAAAUGGAAGGACCAACGAACGUGCAUAAAGGGGUGGAGAAGUGUGUUGAAUCGAAACAAAGUCAAUCUGGAGCGUGACACCUGCAUUUGUGAAUUCCUGCUCGAAAACGGACAACAAGCUGAAAUGGGUGUGCAAACUAAGUCCAUCCAAGUUCAUGUUAUCAGUCGCAGGAAACCUUCCGAGUCGGGGAUAAAGGCUAGCAAGAAGCAAAAGCAAAAGUGAAAACAUAUUUAGACAUGGGUAGAUGUAUUAGGACGUGGUUUAUAGUUGAGGUGUAAAGGUUUAAUGCUUUCGAAAAUGAAUAUUAAGGAUUGCCCUCUCUGGUCAAUUAUUCAGGA